AUGACUACGCAGCUCCUGGCCACGGAGCUAACCAACCUCAUCCAAGAGAGCAAGCGGAAACACAAUGACCUCCGUCAGGCUGCCGAAAAGUCUCUCGAGGAACUCAAAGCGCUCAGAGGAGCUAACGAAGCUCAAGCUGCCAACGAGCUUGCCCAGAGACCCAACUUUGUGAAUCCCUUCAUCAUUGCAUGUGGCACCAAGAAUGCAAAGUUUACUGGAAUCGCCAUUGUAUGCCUCCAAAGGCUCAUCGUCGCCCGUGCUCUUCCAAGGGGGAAGUUGAACCAGGUCCUCGAAGCUCUGAGAGAGGCAACCUCGGCUGGUCUCGAUGUUCAACUCAAGAUCCUUCAGGCUUUGCCGUCAUUACUGCAGAAUUAUGCCACUGAUCUCAAAGGCGACCUUCUCAUCACCGCUUUAAACACUUGCUUUAUACUGCAGUCCAGCAAGAAUGCUAUUGUCAACAACACCUCCGCGGCAACCUUGCAACAGCUCGUCGUAUCUGUUUUUGACAAGGUCGUUGCUGAAGAUAAAACGGCUGCAAGUGGCCCUCCCGCGGGCGAGGCGCCCUCCGGUGAUGGCACAGUCGAACUGCGCGCAGCGGCGUUGGAUGCGUACAGGAUAUUCAACGACCUAUGCCUCAUGACGGAGAACCAGCGCCCCGAGUACCUGAGAUUCUCCGGUCUGCCACAAACAUUCGGAUUGGAGCUGAUAGAGUCUGUUCUUACCAACCACGCCGCCGUCUUCUCGACCCAUAAAGAGCAAGCACACAUCCUACAAAUUCGGGUCAUGCCCUUCAUCACUAGUGCACUGAAAGGGAAGCCCAACUUUGCCACGUCGGUCAGACUGGUCCGAAUCCUGUACACUCUCCUACGACGCCACAUCAACAUUCUCCCAACCGAAAGCGGAGACGCACUUGAUAUCCUGACGCAUCUGCUGGACCAGGACACGGCGACAUGGAAGAGAGCACUGUGUUUAGAGGUUUUCCGAGGUAUCUUCUCAGAGCAUGCCUUGAUUCGACGGAUCUUCGUCAACUACGACGCCAAGGAAGGCGAGAAGGAUGUUCUCAAACAUUUGACCGCUACCUUUGUGCGGCUUAGCACCGAGAAGCCAUCCGUCAUUGGUCUUGGACAUCAGUCAACGAUUCCGGUUAUGAACCCAUAUGCCAGCAUCGCAUCAUCAACCGAUCAAGCCAUGCUCGAAGCCAGCGGUGUCACGGGUAUUAUCAGCGGCUCCGUCAGCGCGGACGGAUCCAACGUGGGCAUUAGCACGCAGUGGAGUAGCGUCCGGGUCCCUUGCAUUGACCAGCUCGACAAGACCGAGGCACCAUCUGUUCCGGAUUCUUACAUCUACAGCUUGACUUUGUCUUGCAUAGGGUCGCUCUCGGAAGGCCUUGCCAAGUUCAUCCUUCCCCUUACCGUCCCCGGGGAUAGCCGCAAUCGCAAGAAGAGCGGGAAGCAGGAAAUUGGUCGGGACUCACCAGCGCCUGCACAAGAUGAUACAGACGGGUCACGGGCUGCGUUGGAACGAGCGGCAUCAUUCAAGAAGAACCCCGUCCCGCUCAACCCUCUUGCUUUGGAGGAUCAUCCAAUGCACAAAGAAGUCAAAAUUUGCGCUGCCAUAAUUGAAGAGUGCUGGCCUGCCAUCCUCGCUACCUGUUCUACGUUUCUCUAUGCUGCUAUGGACUCGGAGUACUACCACAGUCUAGUGAGGGCAUUCCAAAAGUUCGCGCACGUCGCCGGCUUGCUCCAGCUGUCUACUCCGAGGGACGCAUUCUUAACGACGCUGGGCAAGGCGGCAGUACCGCCGAAUGUGUUCACGGCGUGCCUGAAUGCCGGACCAGCUCGACCAACAACACCCACACCGACCACAGAAGCACCCAACAGCAUUCUGAGCAACGCAAGAGGGCUACUAAGUGUCGAUAGUCUCGUCACCCAAGCCUCUCCCGUCGUUGACAGAGGUCGACAGCAGGGCCUCGAGGGGACCCAGAUGACGCUCAACACCCGUAAUCUGCUAUGCCUGCGAGCGCUCCUCAACCUUGGCAUUGCCCUUGGCCCGACUCUCGGUUCCUCCUGGCGUAUCAUCCUAGAAACCUUACAGCAAGCCGAUUUCGUACUAUUCUCCACGAGUAAGACUCCUGGCCGAACGCCACUCGCAACGAAGGGAACGGAUCAGCAUGCAGAGGGUGAGGCAAAUGCACUACUCUCCAACUUUAGCAGCGAAGUUCGCGCCGUUGAGACGGCGGCAUCUCGUCUGAUCGAAAGCACUAUUGACUUUCCCAACGACGCCUUUGCACAAGUCGUUGAGGCGGUAUGCGACCUCUUGGAGAGAGCAAAGGAUGAGAAGCCAAAGACAGAGACUGCAGCGCAACCAAAGUCGCCUACAUCAGGAGGCAUGAAGCCGUCGCAAGCAGGCCAACACCGUCGGGUCCUCAGUGUCUCUACAGCAGCCGCCGCGGGACCGAAUCAGGAAGACCACUUCGCCCUGGCUAAGCUGGGGGACAUUGCCACGAUCAACAUCGAUCGCUUGCUUUCUUACUCACCAGACAUAUCCGGAUGGACGCCCCUGACUUCCGAAUUGAUUCACAUCAUCAACGCGGCGUCAAUGAACGCUUCCGUAAGACUGCGAGCGGCAGAAAUUUUGGUCAGACUGGCUCUUGAUGCAGCCAAUAUUGCGGCCACGAUGGAGCGUGAGCAAUGCGGUCAGAUUCAGUUGCUUCUCCUCGAGGCUCUCCGCGAUGCACUCUUGCCUCUGCAGCAAGAAGAUAGGGAGGUCACCGUCGCCAGUCAUAGCACUGACGUCGAAAUCCACAAGGUUGUUCUGGAAGGACUGAAGAACCUACUUGAAAACUGCGGCGAGACACUCGUUAGCGGAUGGGAGAUUGCCUUUGAAAUUAUCGGCUCCAUCUUCAUCAACAAAAAGUUCGCCCCUGGAGAACGUCGGGGCUCCCAGACGAACGUUCUCAUGACCAGAUCAGCGAAGCUUGUCCGGUCUUCUUUCAAUUCUCUUCAACUCAUCUGCUCCGACUUCCUAGCGUCUUUGCCGAAUUCCUGCUUUCUCAUCCUUGUUGAUACCCUUUACAAAUUUUGCUCACAAGAUGAUGACCUCAACAUUGCAUUAACGACUGUCACGUUUUUCUGGGUUCUGUCAGAUUUCCUUUCCGGCAAGACUGAGACCCUGCCUAUCACUGCCGACCUGAUGCAGGGCUCAAGUAUAUCUGAUCUGGCAGUCUUGGCUGCGAAUUCGGAACACAUCGCUUCAGACGCCGCCCUUUGGAUGCUGUUACUGUUGAGACUCACGACGGUGACAGCCGAUGGACGACUCGAGCUACGCAAUAGCGCGAUUCAAACCUUGUUGAGAAUAUUUGAUGCGUAUGGUGAUAAGUUGAGCCCAGAGGCAUGGUCCACCUGCGUCAAGUCUGUGGUUUUCAAGCUUCUUUCGUCGAUAGAGGAAGAGCUUCAAGCCACCGCAACCGACAGUACCACCCUGCAAGACCGCAAAGAGUGGCACGAGACAGCAUCCGUUGUGUUGACCGGUAUUUCCGAGCUCCUUACGACCUACAUGGAGACCCUAUCCACGCAUUCCUCAUUCAAUGCCCUGUGGCAAGAGCUUCUUGGCCACUUUGCUACUCUACUCGAUUUCAAGGUGCUCACAAUCAACACGGCCACGUACAAAGCGCUCGGCAAGGUGAUCAAGCUCGAUUACGAUCCCGGCAGACCAAUUUUUGACACAGACACUGUCAACGCGGCAUGGGAGCUGUGGUCUCGGGGCACGCCCGUCUCCCUAGACGAAGAGGAUGGCAAGGAGGCAGACAACCAAAAUUGCUUGAUUGCCUACGUUGCGGCAUUCCACGAUGUAUACCAACUCGUCCAGCAAGACCUGACAGUGGAUCGGGUCCGCCAAAUGUUGACCCUCUUCCGCGAGGCCCUGCAACAAGCCACGGUGGGAGCCUACGUGAACGACAUUGAGUAUGUCACGCCACUGCAGAACCAGGUCAUGGAAGCCAUCAAGAUGGUGCGAACAGACCUGUCUGGGGUGCCCUCGGCUAUGAUCUCCCAGGUGGCGGAGUUCGUCCGCCUGGCCUUCAGCGACGAAGCACUCAAGGCGCAGAGCGCGACGCAGCGGAGAACAUACGUGGCCAUGUCGAAAGCCAGCAUGUCCAUUCUGCAAACUCUUAUCCUACGCAACGCAUCCGACGUAGAUAUUUACGCUAGUCAGGCCUUCUCCUCGGCUCUCUCGGCGCUGUCCAAGCCCGUUGUCCUCAAGUACGGCUUCCCAAUUGUGACCAAGUCAGCCCAGCCAUGGCGUCUCGCGACAAACUCGAUUCUCGCCAUCUUGGAAGCCACGCUGCCACAGAUCCGUGCCCUCGAAAUCCCCCGCUCGACACUUCAGGACAUGUGGCAAAUGAUUGUCGGAAUCGCCGACGGUAUCGUAAGCGCGGACACCAAUGCAGCGCCAUCAUCAGCAGACCUCUCGGACGACGAGUCCUUCGACAUUGCAUCAUUCCACAAACUCCGCGAACUCAUCAUCCCAUCCUUAGGAGCCGAGGCGAUCCCAGAUAAGACCCGCAAAGCCUAUGCCGAAAGCCUUUUCCGGACCUCCAUCAUCCACGACCCCUCGCCGACCGAGUCCUCCCUCCUCUUCGGCUCCAGCAGCGACGGCGCCAACGGCCUCGCAUCGCUCUACAAGAAACGGACCGGCCGUACCGUCGACCCGCUCCCGACCCGCCGCGAUCGCAUGGCCUACGUCUGCGUGGACGAGCUCUUCUCCCUCGUCUCAACGUACGACGUCUCGAGCCUGCGCAUCGUCGUGCAACCGCCCACGCCCGCGUUCCCACCCCCGCGCUCCGCGACCUCACACCUCUCGGAGGCGCCGCAGGCCCUGCACAUCCGCAUCGCGCGCACCGUCGCGCCCUUUCUCAUCCUCCGUGCGGCGCUGACCGUCCGGACGUACAUUGCCGACCAGCCCCUGCGCGGCCGCAUGCCGCAGCCGCUUUCGCAGCGAAAGGAGCUGCUGCGCGUGCUCCGGCAGCUGGUCGACUUGACGUCUGAGUCGGACGCAAUUCCCAGCACGCCUAACGUCGAGAGCGAGGGAAGGAAACAUCUGCUGCGACUAUAUCCCCUCCUCGUCAGUGCUGUGCAGGUAGCGGGCUCUUCUGGAGAUGAGGCGGUGUUGAAACUUUGCGUAGAGGCUCUCGAGGUUGUUGGUGGCGAGCUGGGUGUCUGA